UGGUGAGAGCAGCAGAGCUGUGUGUGGCUGUUCCGUUGACGCGAGCAGCGCAGCGUCGCCGCGGCCGCUAAGACCGUAGCCUCCUGUAGGAAUUUUUGAAUUGACCGAUACUGCUAUUUCGCGAGAGGAACCAUCGAGUUCGCCCAAAAGGAUAUCUCUGUGCGUGCGGUGUUGCUCAAAGGAUUACGACAUCAUCAGCACAUUCAUUCUUGACGUGGAUAUUAUUAUUAUUAUAUCAUCAUUAAUAUCAUUAUUGUUGCCACCGUCGCCGUCGUCGUCGCCGUCGACGAUUUCCUUGGCUUUCCUCUCGGAGAGCAUCAAAGUCACGCGUCAAGGUGUGGAAAGGAAACCGACAAUGAGAAUCGUGGUGAACAGCUGAAAUUUGUGUCUUCGAGAACUGCUGAACUCAGCUCUCCAGAGCAGCUACCACAUCCUACUUCGCUUCGAGACUUUGCUUUGAGGAGAAGGAGGAAAAACGAGUUUGUGUUGCAAAUCGCGCCAACAUGUCGCAACACAGUGAUGAAGUGAUGGCCACCACAGACUCCUUCUGGGAGCCUGGAAACUACAAACGAACGACGAAACGUAUCGAGGACGGUAAUCGUUUGUGUUUAGACCUAAUCCAGCUUGUCAACGAGCGCGCAGAGAUCGAAAAGAUCUACGCGAAAUCGCUCAAGGGCUGGGCGAAGAAAUGGAACGAUAUCAUUGAGAAGGGACCUGAGUACGGCACAACCGAAGCAGCAUGGAAAGGCGUCACCAUGGAAGCUGAACGAGUAUGUGAAGUUCACCUGCGAGUCAAGGAGCGUCUCUUGAAUGACGUCGUUUCCGAAGUCAAACGAUGGCAGAAAGAUAACUUCCACCGGAACAUGAUGCAGCAGCUGAAGCAGAAACGAGAGAUGGACGACGCAUUCAAAAAGGUCGAGAAAUCUGGUUUUGCAUGUUUCGCCGACAGGGCAUCUCAUGUAUUUCUCAUGAAAAGUGAGCCAUAA